AGGAAUCCUGAAUUAAUGAGCUCCAAGAACUCCAAGACGGUGCAGGGUCUGACCGGCCUCCGUAACCUUGGAAACACGUGUUUCAUGAACUCCAUCCUACAGUGUCUGAGCAACACGAAGGAGCUGAGGGACUACUGCCUGCAGAACCAGUACGUGCGGGACCUCAACAACAGCAGCCGCAUGCACACCGCGCUAAUGGCAGAGUUCGCAAAGCUGAUCCAGCUGCUCUGGACCUCGCCCCCCAACGAAGCAGUGAGCCCCUCGGAAUUCAAGACCCAGAUCCAGAGAUACGCGCCCCGCUUUGUCGGCUACAACCAGCAGGACGCACAGGAAUUCCUGCGCUUCCUCCUCGACGGGCUCCACAGCGAGGUGAACCGGGUGCUAGUGCGGCCCCGAUCCAACCUGGACAACCUGGACCACCUCCCCGAUGAUGAAAAAGGGAGGCAGAUGUGGAGGAGAUACCAGGAGCGGGAGGAUAGCCGGAUUGGGGAUCUCUUUGUCGGGCAGCUGAAGAGCUCGCUGACCUGCAGUGAGUGCGGCUACUGCUCCACGGCCUUCGACCCCUUCUGGGACCUGUCCCUGCCGAUCGCCAAGGUAACGCCCGCGCCCCGCCUGCCGCUCAGUCCCCCCCCCCCCCCCCCCCUUAGCUCCCCAUCCCAUCCCCAUGGGAACGGCACCAUCUUGGCUCCGGACGAAGUUGGCACCCGCUUGGGCUGGGCUCCGUUUCCACAGGACGGAGGGCGGGACAGACAGACUGCUGUUUAA